AUGAAUGAUGGAGAGAGCUGGCCAGUGGUCUCAUCCUACAAAUGCUCAUGGAUUCGUGGCAUCACGGAUGAACAAUUUGAUAUUUACCCCAAAAGAGGUGCAGAUGGUGCAUGUUUGGUGAAAGUAGAUGGUUUCAGAAGCAUCUUUGAGAGACAAAAAAUUGGAGGGAGUCCUGUCACUUUCCAUAUCUCCCCGGAUAAUCUAUAUAUAUUCUCUCAUAAUAUCCCGGCAUAUAGGUUUAAGGGUGGAGAAAUUGAUAAAGUUGUUGAUGGGAUGUUUGAGCUUGAUCAGUUGGCCUUGCCUGAUAGUAUGUUUCAGGAGAUUAUUGACUCCCAAAAGGCACCAAAGAAUGGGAAUGCUAGUAGUUUUCCUAGCUCUAUUCCAUUGGGAGGACUUCCUUCCCCAAAAUCAUCUCCACAAGACAAACUUUUGAAGCCUAGUUGGUCAUUAAAUGAUUUUGCCACAGGUCAGGUAUGGGCUGUGAACAGUGGAAAAGAUUUUUUGCCACGGCAGUACACCAGAAUAGAUGAUAUAAUUUCUGAGAGCCAAGUAUGUGUGACUUUCCUAGAACCUCUACCCAUUCUUGACCAUGAGAUUGACUGGAAGAAAGAAAACCUACCCAUAGUUUGUGGGAAAUUUAAGGUUGUCCAAAUUCUAUCGGACUUACGCGAAAGGGAAGAGAUAACAAUUGCUAGGCUGGAGGAGGUGAAGGGUUGCCUGACUUUCUUCCACUGGAAACAGUUUGAUGGGUUUGAUCUGACGCAUACAGUUUCCCAAUCAGCGAUGCUUGGUUUCUCUCAUCGCAUUCCUGCUUUUAGAGUGCCUGGAAUUGGGAGAUAUGGCAUUCCAGAAAGCUCUUGGCACUUGGAACAAAUUGCUUUACCUCCCAAGCAAAGAAUAUGAUUCCAAGUGAAACCUCAUGGGUUUGCACCGUGUAAUACUGAACACGAUGUCUAAACAUGUUAUAGCAUAACUACAAUUGAGGUAUUGCCGAGUUGCUCUGCAUCUAAGAAGAAGAAAAUCAAAACCUCAAUUUCACCAAAACCAGUGAGAAUUGAAGAUCAAUCUCAAGACUCUGUUGUUAUUUGCUGAUCAAGGUUGAAGCCACAAGAGCCUAUUGCUAGUGUGUUAUUGUGGAGAUCAAAUCUUCAAGGUGGUCAUUGGAUUCGGUCCUUGGAGUCAUUGACACAGUUUGUAGAAGGUUUUCAAGAUAAAAGAAUCCAUGCAACUUGGAGCUGAUUAUAGGUUCAUGUCAGUCAGUAUCUACUGCAUAGAGUCUAGGGUCAUGAGUGCGAUUCAUGUUGCAAACUUUAAUCCAUUGGUUUUCAAUA